AUGCAAAAACAUAAGUUAGCUACAAUAUCAUCGGUCCAAUCUGGUAAAGUUUCCAACUAUUUUUCUGCUUUGGUUCCUACUGAAAAUAACUUUUUGUUAGCCGCCCGUGAAGCUACUUUUGUGUAUUAUACAGUAAUUCAUAAUCACAGUUUUCGUUCUAUGUCUUGUACAUCGGAAUUGAUUCGUCAAUGUUUAAACGACAAAAAAUUCACGUGUGCAAAAACAAAAAUCAGGGAAAUAGUUGUCAAUGUUAUUUGCCCGUACAUAGUUGAUAAUACUUUAAAAGAACUAUCUUUUGCGAAUUAUGUAUCUGUUUUAGUUGACGGUUCCAACCACAAAGCAAUUAAACUAGUACCUGUUGUAGUUCGUUAUUUUUUGCCUCAUGUUGGCGUAAAAAACAAAAUACUAGAGUUCUCAAAUUUACCCGGUGAAACGUCUGAUNUCUUUUGCGAAUUAUGUAUCUGUUUUAGUUGACGGUUCCAACCACAAAGCAAUUAAACUAGUACCUGUUGUAGUCCGUUAUUUUUUACUUCAUGUUGGUGUAAAAAACAAAAUACUAGGGUUCUCAAAUUUACCCGGUGAAACAUCUGAUUUAAUUAAUUCUAAAAUUAUUGACGUUCUUACUAAAUUCGGAUUAAAACGAAAAAUUGUUGCACUGUCAGCUGAUAAUAAAAACACUAAUUUUGGUGGAUUAAAUAGAAAAGGAAAAGAUAACAUGCACCCAAAACUUCAGACAGAAUUAAAAAAAGAUAUACUUGGAUUAGGUUGCAACGCUCAUAUCUUACAUAACGCUGUACAGAUCGCGUCAGAUAAUUNCACUAUCGGCUGAUACUACAAACACUAAUUUUGGUGGAUUAAAUAGAAAAGGAAAAGAUAACGUGCACACAAAACUUCAGAUAGAAUUAAAAAAAGAUAUACUUGGAUAAGGUUGCAACGCUCAUAUCUUACAUAACGCUGUACAGAUCGCGUCAGAUAAUUUACCUAUUGACGCUGAAGCUAUUACAGUUAAACUUUUUGGAUAUUUCCACAUUUAUGCGAUGCGGGUAGAAAAAUUAAAAGAAUUUUGCGAUUUUGCUAAUAUCCAAUACCGUGAUAUUUUAUCACAUGCCAAAACUAGAUGGCUAUCGCUGUCUCCUGCAAUUGACAGAAUUAUUUUAAUGUUUGAUGGCUUAAAGUCGUAUUUUCUUUCACAAGAUUCGAGUCCUAAGAUAUUGGUUGACUUUUUUCAAAACGUCAUUGCUCUAUUAUGUAUUAAAUUUAUACAAAGUAUGCUUAAACUGUUCAAUAACUAUAUUCAAAAAAUUGAAGGGGAAAAAAUGUCGGCAUUUGAAUUAAUUGAAAUAUUAAACAGUUUAUUAAAUAACUUAAAAAACAGAAAGAAUGAACAUUUUAUUAAUACUGAAAUGGAGAUAAUAAUUGAUUCUAUUGAAGAAGAGAGUUAUUUAGUUAAAAAAGAAUUUGAUAUAAAUUGUCAAAAGUUUUACGAUUUAUGUAUAUCAUAUAUUCAAAAGUGGACAUUACCUAACCAGGCACUGAUGGUUGAAUUAAAUUGGUUGAACUUAACAAACAAAAAUACAGUGACAUGGAAUAAUGCUAAAAAUACAAUAAAGAUGAUAUCAAAAUAUGUUAAAGUUAAUGAAGAUGAAUACUUUGAUGAGUUUAUGGCUUUUAUAAACAUUUUUCAAGACAAAUUUAAUGACUGGACAAAAAAUGUUAUUUCAGUAGAACAAAAAUGGGUACAAAUAUUUAAUAUAUUUAAAGAAAAAGAUGUAAAUGUAUCAAAUCUUGCAAUGGUUGUAGAGUUUGCAUUUUGUUUACCUGGGUCAAACGCGUCAAUAGAGCGAGUAUUUUCUUUAAUGACAACUACUUGGACUGAAGUUCGAAAUCAAAUGGAUACUAAAACAAUAGAAUGUUGUCUGAUAACAAAAACAUAUGGCUUGAGUUGCAUUGAAUUUUACAAUGAAAUAAUAAAAAAUCCUACAUUUCUGAAGAAAAUACACAGCACUGAAAAAUAUAAGGUCUCCUUGGACGACAAAAAUAAAGAAAAAUAA